UGCUCCACUCUUCAUUACCAUGCAGUCCUCUACUCUGGCUGGCAGCUCACACUCCACUGCUGCUUGGACAUUUCCUUAGAGAAAUCCUUGUCCCCUAUUUUGCGUGUGUGUGUGUCUGUGUGCGCUCUUUCACUUUUUUCAUCUGUGGACUGGAAGGAUAACGACCCUUGAGUUGAAAGGACUUGCGCGUUCCUUGGGAUUUAGGAAUUUUGGACAGCUAUGCCUCUCCAGCUGGAAAGGAAACGGAGCCUUCUGCACUGUGAGGGGCUGAACAACCAGAGCUACGUCUGCGAAUCAGGACACUGCUGUGGGGAGUCACAGUGCUGCAGUUACUACUAUGAACUCUGGUGGUUCUGGCUGGUGUGGGUCAUCAUCUUCAUCCUGAGCUGUUGCUGUGUGUGUCACCACCGGCGCACCAAGCACCGGCUGCAGCAGCAGCAGCGCCAGCACGAGAUCAACCUCAUCGCCUACCGCGAGGCGCACAACUACACCUCCCUUCCAUUCUACUUCAGGUUUCUUCCAAAUUCCCUCCUACCUGACUACGAGGAGGUGGUGAACCGCCCUCCCACCCCUCCCCCUCCCUACAGUGUCUUCCAUACAGUCAGCCCCCUGCCCACGGACCCACAGGACGGCCUGGGACUGGGACACUGCCCGACCAUCCAGACCACUCCGGUCCCCCCAGUAUCCAACACCCUCUGCUCCAGGCCGAGCCUGGAAGAGCCCCACCGCAUUGGGGCUCCCACCAUUGGCAACAACCGACACAAGGCAGACAAUAAGCCUCAGGAGCCCCAGGAUGGUGGACCAGGGCUAGGGCCCCAGGAUGGUGGACCAGGGCUAGGGCCCCAGGAUGGUGGACCAGGGCUAGGGCCCCAGGAUGGUGGACCAGGGCUAGGGCCCCAGGAUGGUGGACCAGGGCUAGGGCCCCAGGAUGGUGGACCAGGGCUAGGGCCCCAGGAUGGUGGACCAGGGCUAGGGCCCCAGGAGGCCUCUACAGAGGAGCCUAGAGGCCCAGAGAAGAGUUGCAAGGAGCCUCUGUUACUCGGGGACCUGGGGGGGCCCGAGAGCGGUGCCCAGGAGGACAAAGAUAAUAGGGGGGCCCUUGGGCGGCGGCGCCGAUUCACGGGUGACUCUGGUAUCGAGGUAUGCUUAUGUGAUCGUGGUGGUAGUACCAGUAUUGGAAGCCAGGAGGGCAAGGAGCUGAGGGAGAAGGAUAGCCUAAUGGGGGAGGAGGUUGAGGAGCAGGAAGGUGGAGACUUCUGUGACGGGUGCGGUCACCCCGCUCUGGGAGUGGAAGAGGAGCAGGCCCUAGCCCUGGAUGGACCCGAUAGGUCUGAGUACAGGUCGGCGACAGGGUCCACCUCCCCGCCACCACCCGCUAUGACGCAACCCACCCAGCCCCCGGUGUGCCUGCUCCUCCACACCAUCAAUGAGCUUGAGGGGCCCCCUCACCAUGGCAACAGCACAGAGCCCCAGGGCUGAGUUACACUAAGCUAAAGCACAUCUUCACCAGGAGGGAGAGAGAACCAGGAGCUGGAGUCAAGACUUUAGUGUGUGUGUGUGUGUGUGUGUGUGUGUGUGUGUGUGUGUGUGUGUGUGUGUGUGUGUGUGUGUGUGUGUGACGAGUAGGAAGUUGUAUUUUAUCCCAGAGUCUGGACUUAAAAGCUUGAUGUUGAUAGCUAAAGCCCAUUUGGCAUACUGUAAUGGUGGCCUUAACUGCAAUGUACAAGGAAACGGGAGGACAGGUUUGGCCUAUCACCAACCUGCCUACAGACUGCUAACAGCAUAAAUGUCCUCCUUUGUCUGCCUUUACCAAGAGGAGGCGAAAGGCGAUCGUGUAAAGACUGGGAGGAGAUUGAUAGUCUGGUCAGUGGAUGCUGACCUGAGGUUUGGUGCGACUGCAGUAUAGUGUAAGUACACACUGGUGCAACUCUAGCCUGGUCUCAGAUCAGUUUGUGCUUCCCUGUCAACUCCUAUGCUCAGUGUACCAAGCUAGUGAAAAUCAUCGCAGCUACUUCCUGUAUCUGUUCACAGGAAGGAACAUCCUGGACAAAUACACUGAAGCGGUACAGGAACAUUGUCAAGCAGUGCAGUGUGGAUCGUCAUGGCGACGAUGUGUGCUUAUGUAAUGUGAUAGUCCCAGUCGGUAUGAAAUAGAACGUGGUGGCCCUGCCUGCCUGUGGGGAAAACAACCCAUGGUUACUUUGGUUACCCCGUUGGCUCACAGCAAAAACUUGACCAUUUUCCAAAAGCUAUUUUCUUGUCUGCUUGUUUUAGUCAAUUACAAAAAUACAUUUAAGAAAAGUACAACGUGUGUAAAGAUUACUAUUCAACUUUGCCUGCUCCUGAGCAUUCUCACUACUUAGAAAAAUGUCAUGUUGUAGGCGCUUGCCUCGUUUUCAUGACGGCACUAAAUGUUAACCGAGUGAGUGAGUGCGCGCUAGCACCAACCAGAACAGGACUCUCCAAGCCUGUUCCUGGAGAGCUAUCCUCCUGUAGGUUUUCACUCCCAACCCCAGUUGAAACUAAUCUGAUUCGGUUUAUAAACAGCUCAUAUUUUAGAAUCAGGUGUGCUAGAUUAGGGUUGGAGUGAACCUACAGGACGGUAGCUCUCCAGGAGCAGGGUUGGAGAGCCCUGAACCAGAACAUUAAGCUAGCCAACACAAACGGACUAGCUAUAAAGCUACAAGAAGUGAGUGGAGUUCUAAACUGACUACUCAACAAGAGACAUGUCUUACCUGUGAUAACAUAUUUUCCACACACGUAGCUAAAGUGUAGCCUACUUUGACAGUAGCUAAAGUGUAGCCUACUUUGACACCGGGUCCCCACAAUUUCUCACUCUUCCACACCGAAUAGCCUGAAGGGCUCUUCUCGGCUGGCUCUAUUUCCCUACGUGGGAGCAUCGUGAACCGUAGGUUGAGAUUUUUGACCUAGUUACAUUUUGUAUAACACAAAAAUGUACUACGAAGUUGGCUCUUUUACAGUCGCGGUCAAUGGGGGAAAGAACAUUUGUUUUCCCCAGUUGGUGGGCGUUGUCGAGGGCAGUUAAUUCUUAUGACAUGAAUACUGACUCAGAGUAAUACUGUACAGGAAGAGCCUGACACUAAACACUGUGUGAAUGUUACUGUUCCACAUAAGACCUUUAGCCUUAUGUUUUUUACUCUCCUCCAACCCUGUUGUCACAGGGACCCAAGUGCAUUAACACAUUUUGUGUGACACAAUCAUUUUAUUUUGCACAUAAAUAUAUAUAUAUAUAUAUAUAUAUAUAUAUAACUCUAAUAAUGGAGACAAAGAAAUUAAUCAAACAUAAAAAAAGUUGUAUCUGCGAAUCCUGUCUUUUUUUCUCAGUUACUAUUUGUUUUGUAAAGGAUGGUUUUCUAAUGUGUCGUUGAGAUUAAUUCUACAUGGGUAAAAACACAACGCUUACCACAUACAGUAUGGGCCUCUAUUGGAGUCUAGGACGUGAUUGGUUCUUCUCAGAGAUAUUGAUUACAUGAUUUUAUUGUGUAUCUCUGAGAAACUGUCAUGUUUGCGAGAACCAAGCUAUCAUAAGUGCUUUAUGUAGGCCUAUUAUGCAUUUUGUAUAAACAAAUAGAAUAUUCUAUAAUUGUGGUACAACAAAGGUCAACUAUUCUGCAUUUUGGACGGAUGUCUUUGUCAACUCGUAAUGAAAUUAUAAAGCUUUUGAUCGACAUAUUGGAAAAUUGCGUAUUAUUAUAUCAUACAACGCAUUAAUGAACCAAACUAGCUACUUUUAAAUCUGUCAUAGCAAAAUGUCAGUCUACAAUCAUUAGUUUUUUAGUUAGUGAAUGAUAAAUUUUAUUUUAAUAAAUAACUUACUAUUGUUUUGCUGAGUAUAGAAUUGUUGUACUCUUGAAGCAUUCAAUCUCCUUCAAUCAAUCAAAAGAGUGUGAAGGUGAAGAUACAGGGAACUCGAUGCGCAAAUUAAAUGACCUAUUGAAUGACGUGACAAUAUUGUAAUAUUGUAAUAAUGGACAUCAUGCCAAAGAUAUUAUGCUGUUUCCACACGGGAUGUAAGGUGGUUGUGCACAUUUUCUGUCUUUUUGUUCGUAAGCCAUUUUAUUACAGCAGCGAAAUUGACACAUGUUCAAUAAAUGAAAACCAGAAA